AGCAUACCUGGAAGACAAGAUGCCCCCAGGGUUAUGCUAGACAAUCUGAAGGUUCAACAGAAGAAGCAAAAUGGAUUCGCUCACAGUAAACUGAAGACAUGGAUGCAAUCCUGUGCUGAUGAGAUGGCACAUUCACUGACCCAGGACAACGAGCAAGAGUAUGAGCCAGACGGACUCCCGGAGGUGGUCAGAAAAGGCUUUGCUGAUAUUCCUACUGGGAAAACCAACCCCUGUGUUUUGCGCAGAACAGCGCUAAACCUAAAGACCAGUCCCCGUCUUGCUGCUCAAAGCCAAAAUUUGUCACCAUAUGGCCAAUGUUUACAAAAAGGCAGGUCAGCUAAUUUUGCCAAGAUCUCUAAACCGACAGCUGGUGGCAGCAAAUCACCAAAGGUAGAUGCUACUCAGCAGCACCAAGCAGAAACAUCUAUUGAACCUAUGGAAUCAAGAUCUCCUCUUUGCAUGAAGAAGCAACACACACAAGCUGUUGCUGAGAACUCAAGGGAGAAUCUCCACACACACCAAGGCAGAUGUUCCUUGAGCACACAAAAACUACCUGAGCAAAAUGAACAAGACAAAAACUGUAUGGUACAGUAAACCUGAGUAGUAUACCAUGAAACAAACCCUAACCGCACCCCUUGACCCCUUAAACUCUGCCCCUUCACCCCUUAAACCCCACCCACCUGUCACAAGAAGUCCGCUCCGGGGAGUAUUACUCCCAGGGUCAAGAUGCCACAUGACCGGAAGCAAGGUGUGUCACGUGACCAUCCUCUACCACUCAGGAAGGGUUUCAGCCACUCGGGACCACCCCGAGAGGAGAUUUGACCAAUCAAGGCAAGUUCUGGAGUGGAGUGACCCAUCUGGAUGUGGGUCAUGUGACCCCUCUAAGAACUCCGCCUACUUCCCUCUACCAAUCAGGAUGGGGUUCACCCUGAUAGGACCUCCCUCAGAGGAGAUUUGACCAGUCAGAGUGAGUUCUGGGGUGGGGUGACCUGUUCGGAAGUGGGUCAUGUGACCC